GUCCGCCGCCGCGUAUAAGCAUUCCUUCUUUCUUUUACUUUUUUUUUCCCUCGCCGUUUAUUUAUUUUUCAUUCCCCCCCCACUCUCAGACAACCGCCGUCUCCACCACCAUUCGUGUGCGUGCGUGUCAAUUUUUUUCCCCACCUUUCACUGGCCGACCGCCAUCCCGCACCGCCCUCACUCCUAUCACGGACAAUCGCUAUGCGCUACAUUCUUCGCUAUUGCUAUUAACGUCGUCGUUGCCGCGUCUUAACUCGACCAUCGCGGCAGCUUAUACCGGCGUCCAUCGUGUGACCACCGUACCGCAUGAUAAUUUUUCCUUAUAUCGGUCGAUUUCCUCCGUCACGUUCGGUCCGGGGGUCUUCAUGGCACGCGAACCUAAGCGCCGAGUCUUAGUAACUUGGUUUUCGCUCGACCACAGGAAAACCACUAACCGCACGCACAAGCUUGCGCGUUCAUUUGCCGCCGGUUCUCGUCACUUGCGCUUCCCACCAAUUUCAUCACAACCGUCUCGUCGUUGUCUUCGGUGUCUCGUGUGUGGAACACCACGCGCCGUUGACAUUAUCGCGCGUUUCCGUCCUUAAAUUUCGCGUCUCCUUCGAAUCUUGCCCCCCCCACCAUUCUUUGCCGAUUCACUACCAACGCUUGACGAACCAUGACCAACGUCGUUCUUCUGACCCGGUCUUGAAAUCGAUCGAAUUCUCUGCAGGGGCCAAGCCUGGGUUUCCGCGAAUUUAUCGCAUUAGUUCUACAUUUUCCCUUCGUUUCAGUACGACGGUAGUGAUAUUAUUAUCGCAUCCGCCCGCCAUAGAUUCCGUCUUGCUAGAACCGUGUGCUCUUCCGACACAUCCCUGCGCGCUUUCGGAAACACAUCCCUCUUGAUGACUUUUCACGCCUAAAUUAUUAUUAUUAGAAUGUUACGAUGCGAUGAUGUCGAAACGAUCGAAACUCUUCGAGUAAAAGCAGCUGAGACCCGAACAGACGUGCUCAAUCGUGUAAUGUAAUCGCUCCGUGUUUGGAAAAACAACUGUCACGUUUACAUAUGCAGCUGCUUAUGAACAUAUUAUCGACCUUUUCUUUGGUCCGUGCGUAUAGUACAACAAUUCCUCACUCGCCCUCCGAAUAAAUACUGCGCAAGUUACGAAGACAUUUGAUAAAUGAUUUCUUUUAUAAAUCGUUUUAAUGAUGUCUUCUACCGUUCCAACACCCAGCAACACAAAGAGGUACAAUGACAGUAAAUGGCCAACAUUACUGUCUCCGCUGGAAUAAUUACCAAUCAAACAUGACUUCUGUAUUUCAUCAACUUUUACGGAAUGAAUCAUUUGUUGAUGUUACGCUUGCUUGUAAUGAGAGUACAUUAAAAGCUCACAAAGUAGUCUUAUCUGCUUGUUCGUCAUACUUUCAAAAACUAUUAAUGGAUAACCCAUGCAAGCAUCCUACGAUAAUAUUGCCCUAUGACAUUUGUUUUAAUGAUCUUAAGUUCAUUAUUGAGUUUGUCUAUAGGGGUGAAAUUGAUGUAUCACAAGCUGAAUUACAAUCACUUCUAAAGACAGCUGACCAGCUGAAAAUUAAAGGAUUGUGUGAAGUGCCUGAAGAUGAACGUGAUACAUCUAUUGUUGCUGAAGUAACUCCUUUGGGACCAAUGAAAAGUGGAGGACGAGUUUUCACAAAAUUACAACGCAGAAUUUCACCUUAUUCAAAAAAAAUGAGUCCAAAUCAUAUGCAGCAAGAUCAAUUCAAUCGAAGUUAUUAUCGAAUUGAACAAUCUGGAUUUGCACCCAUUAAUGUUGAUCAAGAGAACAAAUCUAUGAGUUCUAUUCACUGCAUGACUGUAGCUACAUCAACUGAAGAUGAUGAAAAAGAGAUGAAAUCAACACUUACUGAUUUACCGGUUGUCAUUUUAGAGCCACAUCCUGCAUUAAAUUUGCAGACCCAGCAACAACCCCAGAUUGUUCAUAUACCUAUAUCACAACAACAAUUGAAUCAUGUAACUCAACACUCAAACCAAUCACAGUUGCAACAAACUGCUGUUCAAACUCAUUCUCAAAUGCUUAUCACAAGUGGUUCAGUUAUGACAGUUAACGAAGGUGAUAUUACGCCUGACAUACAACCUGUUGGACCAAGAGCAACACCAGUAUCAGUAAAAAAUAAUAUUAGUCCCCCUUCAACACCUACGCAUAGAGAUAUGGCUGUUGGUACCUCAUGUUCAAAUGAUGUAAGUGAAGUAAAAUUUGAAAAUACUAAAUUUGAAACACUUCGUACUAUUGAUCAAUCGUCAGAUGCAAUUGGAAUAGAUAGACAACAUUCAAGUGAUCAUGUAGUAAAUAUAAAUGAAGAAGAUAAUUCAAUGCAUACCAUGAUGAUAACACCUGAAUUAUUAGGCUUGUUACCAAAUUCAUCAAGUACAGGAGAUAUCAGCGAAGAUAGUUCUAAUAAUAUAAAUAAACAUUAUGGUGCAAAUGGUGGCAAAGGAUGGACAGCUGAUGAUAUGGAGAAUGCU